CGUGUCCGCUUGCGGUCGUGCAGCCUGACCCAGGAAAAGCUGCUGCCAGCCCGCGCCGGCCAGCCAAGGCCGGGGGAGGGGGGUCGUAGAGGCGCUCUGGAGGCAGGAGCGACCAGUGCAAUGCGCCCCGCCGCCGCCGCCGCCAUCUGCCUUUGCACCGGGCGCUGUGUCCGUCAGCUGCGGCAGCUCUGAGCUCUGCCCGGAGGGACUCCUGGGUUGGAGCCCGUCCGGGCGCCCCGUCGGGCACGUGUCGGGCAGCGACCGCGAGCCAGGCGGAGCCGGUGAUGACGCCGAGCUGCAAGGGCGGGAGGAGGCCCCAGCCGCUGCCGCCACCAGCUUGUCCCACCUGCAGCUGCAGCUGGCGAGUCGGGCUGGCAGGCGCGCCUCGACGGGACGGACGGACGGACCAGGGCGCGCUCCGGAGAGCCCUGCACUUUGCUGCCGCUGCUGCUGAUGGGCCCGGCGGGGCGGUUGCCGGCACUGCUGCUUCUCCUGCUCCUACUCCCGACGGGUGCUGCUUUGAGCACGACUGCUGCUACGAGGAAGCCGAGAAGGCCGGCUGCGCCCCCAAGACGCAGUGCUACACCUGGGAGUGCGAGGGGAAUGCUGCCAAGUGUGAACAUAUAGAAGACCAAUGCCAAAAAAAGGCCUGCGAGUGUGACCGCAAAGCUGCCAAGUGCCUGGCGAAAGCCCCCUAUGAUGUCAAGAACAUCUUUUGGCCGGACGCUCUGUGUGGCAAGGACAGCCCCAAGUGCAAAGAUGACGAUUAAGGCGGGCCUGCGCACACUUAGGCCAGCCCUUCCGGACAUGUCCCCACAUUCCGUUACAACAGCAGAAUCUCCCUUUCUAACUAACUGAAUAAAAACGGCCUCCUGUUCCCCCCAGACCAGACAAGGUGUCGUCUAGGCAGGGCACUCAAGCUUUCCUGGGAAGUCCAGCCGCUCUUAAAUUAACCAGGGAUGUUGAGGAACUUCCCUGGAUGGAUCCCAAGGGGGUUCUUGUCAGCCAAAGAGCAGAAUGCAGAAGGGACAUAGCAGGCUGCAGGGCAGCACCUCUUUCUGCUGCGUCCUCUCCACUCCUGGUGCAUUUCAUUUCAAUUCAGCAAGGAAGCCCCCACUUUGAGCCUGAAGGCUUCUGUACUUGCCAGAAAGGGCUCGAUCCAGUGCAUGUUUGCAGCUGCUUACUUGCAAGCAAAAAAUAAAAUAAAAUAAAUGUCUUGGAUACAGUGUUCCUUCUAACAGGGAUUCCCAGAUGUUGACUACAACUCCCAGAAUCCCCAGCUGCAAUGGCUUUUGCUUGGGGACUCUGAGCGUUGUAGUCAACAUCUGGGAAUCCCUGUUAGAGGGAACACUGCUUGGAUACCAAAGCAAGAAUUUUCCAAGGCCUGUUUUUAGCCCUGCAAUGAAAAACUCAUGGCUGGUGAUGCAAAAGGCAGCAUUACAGUGUAGCAGCAAAGAGUAACAUAUUGCAGAAAAGUCUCAUGACAAAGAAUAUGGAAUAAAAACACAGAUAACUUAUGUCAAGCGACAUGUGACCUUGUCUCCUGAAAGUGCUUACAGCCUUGGAGCCUUGCUAAGGGACCUUGGGCCAGUCUCUAUCCCUCAGUUCAGCCUACCUCACAGGGUUGUUGUGAGGACAGAGGGGAAACUCUCUGGGCAAAGUGCAGUGUAAUAAUCAUCAUCAUCAAUAUUAGAAAAAAAUCUUUGUUUAAUUCUUAAAAAUGUUCAUGUGCAGA